UACAUGGCAUCAACGCGGAGCCCAAUGUUUCUUGCGUUAUUUUCCUUUGUCUUCCUGCAGAUAUCCUCGUCUUAUGAGCAGCUGUCUGCAUUUGUGGAAGGAAGCUCAGAUAAUGCACCAUCCCAAGACAUCAGAUUCCAACAAAAUGAGGUGGACGCUGACGGCUCGGUGUUUGCGGCUGAAGUGCGUCUCAGACGAGCGCUGCAGCCGUACGCAUGGCCGCUUCACGCUCCUCCACGCAGGAAGUUGCUUCAGUCUCCAGGAAUGUUGCUGUAUUCUCCUCUGAGUGUUUCUUACAACGGAAAGACCUGCAUCCUCUUCAGAGCCCGCAAACUGGCCAUCAGGUACAGGAAUCACAGUUUGGUGGACCUCACAGAGAGGACCUUCAGCCCAGACGCACCGGUGGACACCAAAGGCUCCUUCUGCAGCAAAGACAAAGCCAUACUCAAUCUACGUUUCGGCGAUGUGGAAGAUCUAAGAGGCCUCGCUAUCAGACUACAGAUGUCAAACACAUUCUACGAGUCUGCGGGACAGAACUGGUUCACUCUGGAUAACGUUUACAUCCAUUAUAACUGGACGCACGAGGCCGUGUUCAAUGCUACAGAUGUGUAUGCGCCCUCCACCAACUCCUAUCACUGCCAGCACGUCAGCAGCCUGCAGAAGUACGACACGCUGCUGGUGCCCAGCGCCAACACUGACCACGCCGCAAGCUGGCAAAUAACCUUCACUGACUUCCAGAUCCAGGCGUUUAACGUUCAGUCCAGUAAGUUUGCGGCGGCCAGUGACUGCGCGACCUUCUUCACUCCUGCCAUCCUGAUGGGUCUGAUCACGUCUCUGAUCCUGCUGCUGGUGCUGGCCUACGCACUGCACAUGGUGGUUCACCUGAAGCACAUCGACCGCUACGAAGAGCACAAGACCACCGUCUACUUCCCUCGCAGCACAGAAGCAGAGAGCACAGAGAAGAACAACCUCUAGAGAGAGACGGACACUUCUGUGACUGUGAGCU